UUUUAAGAUCAAUGUCGUUAGAAUGGGGAGAAAGCGGUCAGAGAAAACUAUAAUGGAUCUGCUUAAGUCGAGGAGGCCUCUGAGUGCUUUCUUUUUUUUCACGUCUGAGUUCAGAGUGAAGUACUCACAUUCAAAUAGAAUCAAUGGCAUAUCUGCAGAAGAAAAAGUUGACAGUUCUCUUGAGUAUCUUAUUCUGGCUAGUGAUGGGCUACGGGACCUCGUCACGAACGAGGAAGCCGUUGCUAUGAUUAAACCACUUGAGGAUGUUGAGGAGGCAGCAAAGAGACUGAUGCAAGAAGCAUAUCAGGGAGGUAGCGCUGACAACAUUACUUGUGUUGUCGUUUGUUUCUUGAUGAAUCAAGUCUGUUCUUCUCUACUAGCUCCGUGUAAUUAUCCGUCCUUAGAUAGUGGGUUUGUGCAUUGGUCAAGUGGUGGAUAUCCAAACAUGUGAAGCUUAGGAAAAAAUCAGGUUAUAUCCGGAAUUAAUAAAUUCAAACUUGUUAUUGUUCUGCUAAAUAGAGUUGUUCUCACUGUAUCACUUACAUAAGUUGUAGCUAGGGAAAAAGUUAUGUGUAGGGAGAUUAACCAGACAUAAAACUACUACUGCAUGUAAACAUGAU